AAACAAAUAAAUUUCAUCAACAAAAUAAACAUCUACCAAACUUGUUAAAGCUAUGGGUCGCAUAUAUUAUAUACUAUAAUCAAAACCAGAACCUUAAAACCUCUUCCAUUGAAGCCCCUAAACUCCAAUCUUUCUGUUAACAAUUUUUUUUUUCUUCAGAAAAUGACAGAAGAAAUAAUACAGUCCCAGCUGGCAUAGUAUACUUCAUUUUCAAGCUCCUUACCAGGCUAAUCAUCUACAGAUAAUGAAUGAUGGUUUGCACCAAUAUAGGCCACUCUUGGUAUUACUGCUAGUAUUUCCUUCUUGUCUUGUAGUUUUCUUCAGUUUUCAGUAAAUACUACAAGAAGAAGAGGCAGAGAAAGGGGGAGGAGGCUAGGGAGAUCAGCUGUCCUUGUUGGAAGUUUUGGUGGACAGUGUUUAGGUAAUCAUUAUUGUUAUAGGUGGUGGCUUGCAAGAUCAGUGAAGGGCAGCUUUCUUCUUCAUCAUCCUCAUCUUCUUCUUCUGCUAAUUCUUCUCCAACUAUGGAGAUUAGCUGGCCUAGCAAUGUCAGACAUGUUGCACAUGUCACCUUUGAUCGCUUCAAUGGCUUCCUCGGCCUCCCUGUCGAGUUUGAGCCUGAAGUCCCCCGGAGGCCCCCCAGCGCCAGUACACGAGUGUUUGGUGUUUCAACGGAUUGUAUGCAGCUCUCGUUUGAUUCGAGAGGGAACAGCGUGCCUACUAUACUCUUGAUGAUGCAGGCUCGGUUGUACGCACAAGGAGGGUUGCAGGCCGAAGGGAUCUUCAGAAUCAAUGCUGAAAAUGGGCAGGAAGAAUAUGUUAGGGAACAGUUGAAUAGUGGCGUUGUGCCAGACAAUAUAGAUGUCCACUGCUUAGCCGGGCUUAUCAAGGCAUGGUUUAGAGAACUGCCAAAGGGAGUGCUGGACUCUCUAUCGCCAGAAGACGUUAUUCGUGCACAAUCAGAAGAAGAAUGCGUUCGGCUUGUGAGGAGCCUUCCACCAACAGAAGCAGCUUUGUUAGAUUGGGUGAUAAAUCUGAUGGCUGAUGUUGUGCAGAUGGAACAUCUGAACAAGAUGAAUGCGAGGAAUAUCGCGAUGGUUUUUGCACCAAACAUGACUCAGAUGGCUGAUCCCUUGACUGCACUGAUGUAUGCUGUCCAAGUAAUGAAUUUUAUCAGGACUCUAAUUGAGAGGAUCUUGAGAGACCGAGAAGAAUCCAGCCCAGCACCAGAGUUUGUGCCAUUUAAUGAAAACAGACAACAUAGAACACCUCAACCACUUCCAAAUGACAAGGAGCUCGAUCAAACAAUCGAAGCUUAUGGUUUUCUGACCCUUAAGAAUGUCGUUCAACAGGGAGAGGGAAAAGCUUGCGACGAUCACCUCUGUAGAAUCUCAAGUCCUUGUGAAGAAACCAAGGAUGGAGCUGAAGGCAGAAAUGUCAUCACAGUAAGCAGGAGAGUCCAAUCAAAACUGCGGAGAAGUAAAAGUGCACAUUCAAGAAGCUGCAAGCCGACAAAGGCCUCGAAAAUGGUGAAUGAGAGUGUGAUCAGUAGUUCAUAUAUUCAGAAAUCCAAUAAAGAGUGAUGAAGAUAAAGCAGAGAAAAGUGGAAGCUUGGCAGUUAAUUAUCAUGGAAUCAUUGCCAUUCUUGCAGUGAUCUAUUAUACUUGAAAAGCACUGUCUCAUAUUAUGUCACUUUUAAUCCAUUGUUUGGUGAAUCUCUUCAUAGCCACAUUACCUGUAUUUAUUAUACCUUUGCAUACAUGCAUCAUAAGUUAAUCUAAGCAUUACAUUACAAUAAAAAUCAAAAGGCUUCCAUCUUUGUUUUA